GAUUUGACGACUUUUCGACUUUGUCUGGCGAUUUGUGCGCUUGCGGAAAUUUGAAAUUUGUUGCCGAGCAAAGCUUAAAUCUUAAAUUAUGAUGUCACAUCAGCUACAGCAGACACGUCGCCGUUUGGGCUCGGUUAGCGACUCGGCGCCACCGUCGGAGUCCAGUGAGGGCACCGCCUCCUCGGAGCAGCGGGACGAGCUGAUACUGCAUCCGGAUUGGUCGGCGCACUCGCAAUCAUCGGCACAGCGCAGCAGCGCCCAUGGCACCACAUCGCUGUACAAUGCAUCCGAUAUCGAUGCGGACACCAUCAGCACGGACACGAGCAGCAAUACGAAUCUGUCGGAGUAUGAGCGCGGCCAGGUGGAGAGCUUCUUUGCCGGUCUGGGCACCGAGAUCUUUGUCAGCGGCGCUCUGGCCAAUCUGUACGAGGGCACUGGCAACGAUGGCGACUGGCGUCUGGUAUUCACCGGCAUACCCGUCAUACUCCACGACAAGGGCAAUGCACGGGCGAGAGCCAUGCCCAGGCUCACACUGGUGCUGGCCGAGCGCGGGUCAUGCUUUGCUUUGUGGUCGGAUCGUGUCGAUAAUCUGUCCAAUUAUCGCAUAGCGGGCCCCUCGUUUCACACCAUGUGCCUGUCGAGCAAUCAUCAGCAAAUGAUUGGCUUCAGUUUCGAUUCGACGGAUGCGGCACGCGAACUCUGGCAGCAUGUCGAGCGCUUGAUCAGCGAUCCCGAGAACAUUGCCCUGUCGGCGCCCGGACGCAAACAGAAGAAACAGAAGCGCGUCAAGCCGGCACCGCUGCCGCCCAAGUCACAGAUAUCGCAUCCGUGCCAGUUCCAUCAUGUGACCAGUGUCCUCAAGGAGGAUAGCGAGCGAUACUACAGCAUGCAGGCAUUCGGGCCGGUUAAUCCGCAGCAGCAUCGUUGAUCAGGGUCGGGCGCGUGGAUCUGGAACACGAGCGCCCUCUGGUGGCAGAAUUAAAGCCCCACACAACAAUUUAUACAAAAUAAAACAAAGCUCCAGUACCCCCCCAAAAAACAAAAACAAAAAAAAAACACCCCAUAUAUAAUGGUAUAGUUUCUAGUUCUAUUUGUAUCUAAUAUAUAUAUUUGUUAUAGCCCGUUAGGCCUAAGUUAUAUGCCAAUGUGCGUGCUGCACAGCUGUGUGGAUCGCGCAUUUAUCUGUGAUACCAUUUAGGCGUCUAUAUUCCUAGACAUUAGCAUUCGGAAUAUUGGCAAAAUCAAACAAAAAAACAAAAAAAAAUACAAUAUUAAAAACAUAAAUAAAUAAACUAAAGUAAAGGAGAAAUCGAUUAGUUUAAGACAAUUCGAACGAUAGGCGAGUUUUAUAAAGUUUUCUAAUAGCGUCAACAUGCAUCUAUCUAUAAAAAAAAUAUAUAUAUACAUACAUAUAUACAUAUAUACAUAUAUACAUAUAUACGAUAAUUGGUUUGUAGCUAUCGCGUGUAUGUUUGUAUUUUGCAUUUGCUGCAUAGAAAUUCAUAUAAGUCCACAUGGUCACUAAGCUUGUUUUCUUAACAAAAUUUUACUAACUGUUUUACAUAUGCAUACAUAUAAUACAUACAUAUAUAUAACACAUAUGGUACACAUAUAUAUAUAUCUAUGACUAUUACUGAUCGUAUGUACAUAGCUCUAAGCAUUACACAUUCAAAAAUCAAAAACUAUGUAUUUCUUAAUCGUCAAAUUGCGUACGCAAAUGUCAAAAUCAAAUAA